AAAGCAGGUUUAUUAUAACUGCAAUCUCUUUAUAAGAAGAAAAGGGGAUAGUAUAGAUAUGAUAGGAUGAAAGGGUAGAUUAAUGAACCUACUUUUUAAGAGCAACAACUUGUUUAGAAAUGUUUUACAUUGCUAUGAAUUUUAGUUUAUUGAUACAAGUUUAAACUUAAUUUUGUUAUACUGUAUAUAUAUUUCUACUCUCGUUUGAGGUAUUAUGCUUAUGUAACUCAUUUAGAUUGUAAUGGAUAAUUAAAAAAUACAGAUUAAUAAUUAGUCUUCUAUGAUAUUCAAACUUAUAGUCAUGUUAAGUUUUCUAGGUAUACAUAGAUAUAAUUCAAUUUGGUAGGUAAUCUUCAAACACCAAAGACCUACAGAAUAUGGCAUUUAAAAUGUUUUAAAAAUUUGGACUUUCUGGACAGUGAGACAUGUCUGCUCCUGGCAGCACCAAUUUACUUCAGAGAGGAGGAUGGGCAUUGAAGACACUCUAUAUGGAGUUUAUCUUCUUCUUGGCAAAAAUAGUCAUUUGGGCAAGAAUCUUUUCUUGCUUGGACUGCUUGACAAAAUGAUAUCAACUGGACUUGCAGGACCCAUAGGAAGGUGACUACUAAACUUUGCUUGGUGAAAUGGUCCUUCAGGUUCCUGUUUCGCAGAGGAAACUGCCAGACAUUCUACAGGACACAAAGAGAAGUGACUGAGAGACUCUAGGCCUGUGGGCUGAAGACAGAUGCCCGACUUUACAGAGGAACUUCAGGUGACUGUCCAGGUUGCCAGCUGUCUGUCUACUCUUGCAAAACUCCCAAAAGUUGCUUGCAUCCUUCUCCCAUUUCUCAGGUAAUAUUAUAUCCUUCUAAGGUCUUUGAUGUAGUUGAAGAUUAGAUAGUUAUGAUUUCCUUAGUUAUGAUAAAAGACAAAUUAGGUAUGAAACCUUAGACCCACAAAUAUAGGAUAGGAUAUCUUUUUUAAUUUUGCCAAAUACAAAUAGACUAAAUAUUAUAUAGACUAGAUAUUGUAACUAUAAUUAUUGCUUUAUAAUUGUUUUGUUAUAUGUAAUUUUACUAUGUUAAAGUUAAAACCUUCCUUUUUGAAAAAGAAAAGGGGAAGUUCUGCGGAUAUCACUCUGUAUGCUGUGAACUUGUUGCUCUAACUUGGUUGAUAAAUAAAAUGCUGAUUGGCCAGUAGCCAGGCAGGAAGUAUAGUAUAGGCGGGAUAACCAGAGAAGAGAAUUCUGUGAAGAGGAAGGCUGAGUCAGGAGUCGCCAGCCAGACACAGGAAUCAAGAUGUAAAAGUACUGGUAAGCCACAAGCCACAUGGCAACUUAUAGAUGAACAGAAAUGGGUUAAUUUAAGAUAUAAGAACUAGAUAGCAAGAAGCCUGAGCCAUUAGGCCAAACAGUUUUAAUUAAUAUGAGCUUCUGAGUGAUUAUUUUGUAAGUAGGCUGCAGAACUUGGCUUGGCAGACCCGGAGAAACUUUCCAGCUACAUGCCUGAGCCACAUCAGCAUGGCCACCCUCUCCUCUGAUUGUUCUCUAAAAAUUUUUCUAAAUUUUAUUUUUUGUUCAACAAACAUUUUGUGUCUUUCCCCCAGCACACACCAACUAGAAUGUAAACAAGAAAGGGCAGGACUCUGUUGCUGCUUCUUCACUGUGGUAUUCCUAGAUUCCUUGCAUGUCACAGGCAUUCAACAAACAUUAACUGAAUGAAUAAAUCAAGCUUAACUACAAAACUGGGGGGGGGGGUCAAAGAUAAUAAAUAUCUCUAAUGUACCCUAACAAGGUCUCCAGUAUCUAGAAAGUCUUUGGUCAUUGGAUUAUGUCACAAUCAGUGAUGUCACUGUUGGGCAGAUUCUCAAGCUGUUCUCUGAUUUACGCCUUUCAGGCCUUGUAGCCAGCAGGAUCUGGAGCUUUCUGAGGGCAGUAUGUCUCUGGAGAGCAUGUGGGCUCCACAGGCAGCAGACAUAGGGGAUGGGCCUGCCAAGAAAGCCGGCAACCAGGCCUCCAUGCAGACACAGCUCCUCCAGACUGCCUCCCUAAAGGAUGGCCCAGCAAAGAGGGCAGUAUGGGUUCGUCGGGACAGUGCUGAGACAGAAGCCUCUGAUAAGUCAACGGUGUCGAAGGACAGGACCAAGUUAGGGGUGACCAAAGCAGUGGUUGUGGAUCUUGGCACUGGCUUCUGUAAAUGUGGCUUUGCUGGCCUGCCAAAGCCCACUCAUAAGAUCUCAACAACAGUGGGCAAGCCCUACAUGGAGACAGCCAAGACUGGGGAUAAUCGCAAAGAGACCUUCGUGGGGCAUGAGCUCCUUAACCCAGAAAUACAUCUCAAGCUAAUCAACCCCCUGCGUCAUGGUAUCAUUGUGGACUGGGACACAGUACAGGACAUCUGGGAAUACCUCUUCCGACAGGAGAUGAAGAUUGCCCCAGAGGAGCAUGCAGUCCUGGUUUCAGACCCACCCCUGAGCCCUCACACUAACAGAGAGAAGUAUGCUGAGAUGCUGUUUGAGACCUUCAACACACCUGCAAUGCACAUCGCCUACCAAUCCCGCCUGUCCAUGUACUCAUACGGUCGUACCUCCGGCCUGGUGGUGGAGGUUGGCCAUGGCGUGUCCUAUGUGGUUCCCAUCUAUGAGGGUUAUCCUUUGCCUAGCAUCACGGGGAGGCUAGACUAUGCAGGAUCUGACAUGACAGCCUACCUGAUGAGCUUGAUGAACAGCUCUGGAAAACACUUCACUGAGGACCAUAUCAGUAUUGUGGAGAACAUCAAGACAAAAUGCUGCUUCGUGGCCCUAGACCCCAUUGAGGAGAAGAAAAUCCCUCCCAAUGAACAUGAGAUCCAUUAUACUCUGCCUGAUGGGAAAGACAUCCGUCUGGGCCAGGAGAGGUUCCUCUGCUCAGAGAUGUUCUUCAAGCCAUCUCUGAUCAAGUCCAUGCAGCUGGGCCUCCACACCCAGACAGUGUCCUGCCUUAACAAGUGUGACAUCGCACUCAAACGAGACCUCAUGGGGAACAUCCUGCUCUGUGGGGGAAGCACUAUGCUCAAGGGUUUCCCUAACCGUCUGCAGAAGGAACUGAGCAGCAUGUGUCCCAAUGACAUGCCACAGGUAAACGUUCUGCCUGAGAGAGACACUGCAGUGUGGACUGGUGGCUCUAUCCUGGCCUCGCUCCAGGGUUUCCAACCACUGUGGGUUCACCGCUUUGAGUAUGAGGAACAUGGGCCUUUCUUCCUCUACAGAAGGUGCUUCUGAACUGAUGCAGCAUGGCCACUGUGGUGACAGUGUGUCAGCUUUACUACAUGAGGGAACACCUUCUAUACAUGGUGCUGAGCUGGCAUGUUCAUUCCUGUAGCAUUAAAACCCCCUGGUGUCCCCUUCCCUGACAGCGUGUCUAUUUCCUGACAUAGUAAGACCCACACAUAUGGAUUAUCACCUUAAAUGAUGCAGAAACCUGGGAGCGGAGGGGGAUAUGAGGAUCAGACAUGCGCUAUGCUGACUGCUCAGUUUCUCUUGCAAGAAACUUGCUCUAACAUUAUUCUGGCCCUUGUGAGAUUCCCACUGUAGGAACUACUCUGUUGUUAAAACAUGUUUAAGGAAAAAUGUGAUAAAACAAGUUAAGAGUAAAUGAUGUUACAGGAUACAAGGGGAGGUGGGCAGUGGUGGUGCACGCCUUUAAUCCCAGCACUCGGGAGGCAGAGGCAGGUGGAUCUCUGUGAGUUCAAGGACAGCCUGGUCUACAGAGAGAGUUACAGGACAGGCACCAAAACUACACAGGGAAACCC